GAUGUUAUCAGAAGUAGAAUCACAUCAUCAUCGCCAUCGCAAGCUUCAGGGCCCGUGUUACAACAUCGACAUCCCCACUCGUCUCAUCACCAUCGCAAAAUGAAGAGCAUCGCCCUCUUAGCCGCAUCUAGCCUCGUCGGUUUGGCGAAGGGGCACGGGUAUCUGACUAUUCCCGCGAGUCGUACUCGCCUCGGAGCAGAGUCCGGGAUAGAUACCUGUCCAGAAUGCGCUAUCCUCGAGCCGGUGACGGCGUGGCCGGACCUAGAUGCCGCCCUGAUCGGUCGGAGCGGUCCCUGUGGGUACAACGCCCGCGUGAGCGUGGACUACAACAAGCCCGCGGACAAAUGGGGCAGGGCACCCGUGGCGACCUACAGGCCGGGCCAGGUGGUCGAUGUCCAGUGGUGCGUCGAUCACAACGGGGAUCACGGCGGCAUGUUCGCCUACCGCAUCUGCCAGGACCAGGAACUAGUCAACAGGCUCCUCGACCCGAACUACCUACCGACCCUAGCAGAUAAACAGGCGGCGGAAGACUGUUUCGAAGAGGGCAUCCUCUCCUGCGUCGACGUAAACGGGCAGCAGUGCGGAUUCAACCCUGACUGCUCCCCGGGCCAGGCGUGUUGGCGGAACGACUGGUUCACGUGCAACGGCUUCGACAAUGGCGACCGGACGCGGUGCCAGGGCGUCGACAGGUCACCGCUUGGCGCGUGCUUCACCACGACCGCGGGCGGGUACACGAUCACGAAGAAAAUCAAGAUCCCGAACUACGUGUCGAACCACACGCUUCUAUCGUUCAAGUGGAACUCGUUCCAGACGCCGCAGGUCUACAUCAGCUGCGCCGACAUCGCCAUCGCUAACUAAACGUGGGUUGAACGAUUUGAGCAGAGGGGGAG